UCUUUAGAUUCAAGGGCUGAACAGAUAACCACAAGGCGGAAAUGCACAGCAGUCACAACGGAAAACUGUAGCCUACGCCCUUGAACGUUAAAAUGCUCUCAAAAAAUAAAAUGGAGCUUGAAACUUGGGAACAACAUGGUCACAGAAAAAGACCAUGUUUUCAGGUGUAUUUUACUAGGCUGUGUCUUGGAAUCAUAUGUUUGCUGGUUGUAUGGUCUUAUAUGUAUAAUGAAAAGAAGAAACCAUCUCCAGCCAGUUUUUUGUGUCAGCACAUUCCAAUCCUCCACAACUCUACAAACACCACAGACAGUGUAUUAAGAAUCCAUUCAGAAGAAUCUUUCAUAAACUCAUUUUACUCUAAAUUAGGAAUCAGUUUAGACAAGUACUCCAAUUUACAGCAGGCUCUCUACUGGGCUGAACCAGACAGAUCUGUCACACAUGUGUCCCUCAGUACUAGUCCAGCCCACUCCACAUUCAUCAUCCAUGACCUGAGAGAGAGCUACCAAAUAGGGGAGGAGCUUUUUGUUAGUGUGCAUGCGAGGGAUUUUAACAACAAACCCAAACGUUAUGGAGGGGACUUCUUUCAAGCCAAGCUGUUCUCGUCUGCAACUAAGGCCAGUGUGUUUGGGGAGGUGGUGGACCUGAACAAUGGUUCCUACUCUUUGCGUUUCUUCCUGCCAUGGGUUGGUGAGGCACAGGUGGCUGUACGUCUUAUCCACUCCAGUGAAGCUGUGCAGGUCCUGAGGUGUCACAGAGACACUGACUCUGACAGAGUGUUUUUCAAUGGAUAUUAUGAGGGGCCAGGACCAAAUGGGAUCAGGCUGAGUGAGGAAGUGAAGUGUAAUGUGAAGUGGGACAAGAAUGGACUGGAGAGGAUGGGAACUGGAGACUGCUGCUGUGAAUACAAGGAUCCCCGUACUGGAGAAACAUGGCGCUGCCAGAAACCCAAAUCCCUGCCAUGCAAUGCCCUUGUGUACCACUCUAUGGGCGGGUAUAUCAACCGCCUGACUAAAGAAGAAAAUAUGCUUAUGAAGCACACCAACAAAUAUAUCAAUGGUGAAAAGAGCAUCAUCAAAAUUCUUCCUUCCAUUGCAUUUGAAAGUAUUGAUGUAAAUGAGAAAUGCCAUCCUGGUUUGCCAACACCAAUUCCAGCUGGCUUUUAUCUGUAUGAUGUGUGGACGUCCUUUGUCUGUAGAACCCAUCAUUUUACAACCCAAAUGACAACACAGUGCCUGAAAGACAAACACAUCUACAUGAUGGGAGACUCUACUCUGAGACAGUGGUUUGAAUUCUUGGUGGAAGCAGUACCAACCCUGAAGCAGAUGAAUCUGCAUGUUCAAUAUCAGGUAGGGCCACUCAUAGCAGUAGAUGUGGAGAACAACAUUGUCUUACAUUGGAGGGCUCACGGUGUUCCUCUGCGGUGUCUAAAAACAUCAGUGGCGAAUCUUCACUACAUCAGUAAUGAGAUUGAUGACCUGGCUGGAGGACCCCACACUGUCAUUGUGUUUAAUCUGGGGCCCCACUUCACCACAUACCCUCUGGAUAUUUUCAUACAUAGAGUGCUGAGGAUUCGCAAAUCUGUACUGGCAUUGUUACAACGGGCACCAGACACUAUCAUCAUAAUAAAGACUGUCAACACUGGCUAUAAGGAUGUGUUUGGCAGUGACUGGUAUUCCUUACAGUUGGACAGAAUUCUACGAUGGGCUUUUCAGGAUGUUAGUGUUUACAUUUUAGAUGUGUGGCAAAUGACAGCCUGUCACUACAGCACAGAGGACAUUCAUCCAGGCCCAAUCAUCAUCAAAAAUGAAAUCGACAUUUUCCUUUCAUUUAUUUGCCCGGAAUGAAUUUACAUUAUUUUGAAAUGGAGGAAUGUAAAGUGUUCAAAAAUAACUUCUAGUGCCAGUGAAAAGCCUGUCACAGGUGUAAGGCUGGCAUCAGGAUGUCUACACCCAGAAGGCUCUGUGAGAGCUAACAUCAUAAAACUCUCACACAGAAGAGCAUCUCCACCUGAGACAACACACCCUACUGAUUAAGGACCAUAAAACGCAAAUCUCACUCAUAUCUGCCACCUCUCUGACCUCAGGUCACUUUCGGGUCACCAAAAACUAAGUUAAGUUAAAACUAACUAGACUUAUUCUGUUCUGUCAUGUAAAAGGUUUUCUGAUCAUACAUGUUUGGUAUCAUACAUGAGGUCUCAGUGCAGCUGGUAAAACGGUCUCAUUCCUUUUCAGCAAAGUCAAAUCACAAGUAAGAUUUAAGAAUUUAGUAAAAUACUGCAUUCUAUCAGGGACAUGCCUCUGCCAGAUCUCUCACAGGGACCAGAUGCUGUAUGCAGAUUAGGUGCAUUCUUUGUAAACAUCAAACGACCUACUAAAUCACAAGUUUCAAAGGUCUACCUUCAAACCCCUAAAUUGUAAAUCAAAUCCUGAAUAACAUCAAACACACACAUCUGAAAUAACAAUAGAAUCGUUUGGUACUUAAGGAGAGAUGACAAAGGAAUCAGGGUGUCUGUAGUCAGAUCUCCCGCACAAUUGCUGUAUAGUUUUUCUCAACCAGGUAUGCAAUUCUUAUUCCUUAUGUUUUGAUAAAUGUUUAAAUUUGACUUAUUAUUGUCUAAUUGGAAUUGAUGAAUGUAUUAUUUUACCUGGUAAAUAAAUUGUUACAUUUGAGUUUA